AUAAACAAUCCCCAGCUGACGUGGAGCUGCAUACUGUCACCGAGCAGCUCGGACUUAUGGGACAGACUGGAAGUGGAUCCGCUGGUUCAGAGGAACAUUAGUCGCUCCAGUUCCUCUCUCUGUUGAUUAGUUCUUAAACGGGCUCUGCUGGUGUCGUCUGAACCCCCGGGAUAAACUAACGGCCCUCGGUAAGAGACGGAAAACUCGGAAAUAAAAUGGCGGCAGCGGAGGAGGCCAGCAGGCCGUUCGCCGGACUGUCAGACGUCUCCAUCUCGGAGGACAUCCCGGUGGAGGGAGACAUUUCUGUGCCCGUCGGCCCGUCCACCAGGCGGGACGAGGAGUUCUCCACGCUGGACGAGCCCGUGAAGGAGACCAUCCUGCGGGACCUGCGGGCGGUGGGGAACAAGUUCAUCCACGUCCUGUACCCGAAGCGGAGCACUGCUCUGCUGCGGGACUGGGACCUGUGGGGCCCGCUGCUGCUCUGCGUCACGCUGGCUCUGCUGCUGCAGGGCGGCGCCGCGGACAGCGACGACCAGGGGGGGCCGCAGUUCGCCGAGGUCUUCGUCAUCAUUUGGUUCGGCUCCAUCAUCAUCACCCUCAACUCCAAGCUGCUGGGUGGCACCAUCUCCUUCUUCCAGAGCCUGUGUGUGUUGGGCUACUGCAUCCUGCCUCUGACGGUGGCCAUGGCCGUGUGCCGGAUCGUCCUGGUUGGCGGCUCGGGGACGGUCAGCUUCGCCGUGCGGCUGGUGGUGGUGACGGCGUCCUUCGGCUGGUCCACCUUCGCCUCCACGGCCUUCCUCGCCGACAGCCAGCCUCCCGACCGCAAGGCGCUGGUGGUGUACCCGGUGUUCCUUUUCUACUUCGUGAUUGGGUGGAUGAUCCUGACGUUCUCACCGUCACAGUAGAAGCGAGAAACCAAAAAGGAAGUGUUUGUUAAACUGAUAGCGACGAGGGGAGUUUUUUUUUUUUCGUGGAGUGGAAGAACUCAUACAAACACCGGUGUCGGCCUUGGAACGAAGAUGAAAUGACUACUGAAGUGACUGGGAGUGUUUCCGGGCCUCUGGGAAAGCAUUUAGACUCGCGGGACACCAAAAUAAUUCCUUUUCAGGCGAAGCACUUACUCCGAUUGAGAGAAGUCCGGUGGACACUGUGCUGCAGAUGGAGAGUUGAAAAAGCUGAUGAUUAUGUUCACAUUCACGAGCUGUGUAGAAAUAAAGUCCAUAGGCUUGUAUGUAGGAGUGCUCUGUGAAUGUUUGACCUAUCAGGGCUACAAAUUCUCUUCUUCCCUGUUCUCUCUGGGCGUGUUGGAAACCUCAUACUGUCUUAACACUGACACUGUUUCAGAAAUCAGCCUGACAGCUCACAUUUUCACUCUACAUUCUUCAUUUUUUUGACAUUAGCAGACGCUUUCAUGCAUUUUGACUGGGAAUCUUGACUGUCGAGUGUAGUUUUUGGGCUCUAGUAGUCCUUUUUCGUCCUGUUUCGUUUUGUAUUUUGGAGGGUAAUUUUUGUUUGUAUUAGACAGAUGACAGGAGAGAGACCGACAGAGAGAGAUUGGGAAUGACAUGCAGCAAAGGUCUCCAGCCGGAUUUGAACAGGGAACGUCACGGUUCAUGGCUCGGCUUCUGAAUCCCCUCGGCUCCCAGAGCACUGUUAUGGCUGUACAAUAAAUAUGAAGCUACAGCCAGUUAGCUUAGCUUAGCAUAACGACUGGAAAAGGAGGGGGUAACAAAAUCCACCUACCGACAUCUCUAAAUAAUGAACACGAAAGUGUGAAAACAAUAAUUAUUCUUUCCAUUGUAUGGGGGUUAUGCAACAGAAUAUUGCUUGUCCAGGUGUAAACAUGAAAGUGGUAUCUAUCUAAUCAUCCAGCUCUCCGCAAGAAAGGUAACAAAUGUAUUUCACAAAAUAUCAAAAGAAGUCUUUUAGGGCUGGAUAUAGUCUAAAUGAUGCAGACAUGGAGUAGUAUAAACUUCACUGCGUGUCUGUAUCGGUGAUAUGUUCACACACAUUUGUCCGGUCCCUCGCAGACAUGAAGAAGGGCGAAAUAUACUGUAUGUUACGCGGAUGCAGAGACUAUAAUUUGGACUUGAAGUAGUGAAAACAAAGUAUUGAUUCAGUCUGAUAAUCUGGCUAGUUAAUUCCUCUAACGCAGGCAUGUUGCACGCUGGCAGUCAGCUUGCGUUGUGUUCAAACGCUUUAACUUUAACAUAAAGUGUGUCCUCAGUCAGCCUUUGUCUGUGCUUGUUCUUUCAGGUCAUUUUUUUGUGUAAAAUGACAGAAGAAGCUCAAGUCUCUUGCUGCAGAAACAGCCCAACAGCCGGUGUUAAAGAGCCCAGAGCUUCCUGUUAGAAGAGAAGAUUUUGGGAGAGAGUUAAAGUCACAGAACGUAGACAGUACCAGUUUUUUUUCUUCUGGAAAAAUGCACUAUAAUAACACAGAAGACUAGAUUAGUUUAUUUUUCUUGUAGAUAGCCCACCAAUUGCACCAAUAACAACAAGUUUCAACAGCUGUCUCUCCUUGUGUGGUCCUUUGGGUCACCGGGACCCGAAGGACCACACAAGGAUGAUGUACUUCCGUUUAUUUUGUUGAGAAUUGCUCUCUAAACCCUGUCUCUUGUAAAGUAAGUAAGUAAAGUUUGUUAGCACAUUUAAAUACCGUUUAAGCUGACCAAAAUGCUGUACAAACGAGCACCAAGGUGCUGCAUUAACCUUUGUUUUGUCCUUCGGGUCACCGGGACCCGAAGGACCACACAAGGGUUAAAGCGCGAGAACUUCUUUACUGAGCCACAAUUUUUCGCCAUUGUUAAACAACCCUACAGGGAGAGGAAGAUAUGGUUUCUACAGGAACGAAAAAAAAAAACUAAAGCGAUGUGAGUUUAUGGGUUGAUGACUCUUUGUUUUCUCUGUCUUUACCUUCGGGUUUAACCCACAGCUGAAUGAUGACACUUUCUUUGACUAUUUAUAUGUCGACAUGGUAACGUGCAGACAUUAUGCUCCCCGGCAGGGUGGAAACAGCAUUCUGGGAAAUGUAGGAAGUGGACGCAGCAGGUUGACGAAAGGUGGUUCAUCAGAAAGGAACAUUUCCCUUCUACUAACCUGCCUGAUGACCUCUGCCCCUUGCUCUCGCUGCAGAAAACCUGUUCUUUCUGUUCUCUCCGAUCACCGGAGCUUUCAAUGUUGAUUUCUUUUAAUUUAUAUGUAUUCAUUUACAUCAACAAAUGAAAAAGAUUAAACUAUAUUUCAUCAGC